AUGUUCAUUAAGAAACACGCAAGUACAGUGCUUCAUGUUUAUUGGACUGGUGUUCUACGAAUUGCGUCAUGCAAUUCGUGUUGCAAACGCUGGUAUUUCACCUUCAAUGGCGCUGAGUGUUCUGGACCCCUAACAAUUGAUGGUCUCGUUUAUAUAGGCAGUGGAAAAAGUCAAGAUCUUCAUCGCGUCGACAACAUUGAGGGCCACUGCAGUAACAUCCACAAAGGCAAGGUACGCGUUGGGUUCUGGGUCGGUAAUUGCCCAGGAUAUGGAAGCGUGGAUGCCUACACAGGCUGGAAUUCAGUUUCCCGGAUCUUUAUCGAGGAAGUUCCUAAGCCACAAUCUUAG